GUCUAACAUGAUCGAGCAUGCCAUCCUUAUGGGGAAUCAUCCACCCAUUAGUUGCGUUCCUUAUCGAUACUCGCCAACCAAACGGGCGGCCGCGUUUCAACGAAUUAAGGAAUUCGAAGCUAAUGGAUGGAUCGAACCCGCUAUAGGACCUUGGUCGUUUCCUAUGGUUAUCGUGCCCAAGAAGGCAGGAGGGAUUCACAUAUGCAUCGAUUAUCGAAAACUAAACGAUAUCACGAUCAAAGAUGUGUACCCCCUUCCCCGGAUUGAUGAGCUGUUGGAUGCGAUUGGGAGUGCUCAAUUUUUCACCUCGUAUUACCGAAGGUUUAUCAAGGGCUUCGCGGCUAUUGCAGGUACCUUCACGAAUCCGCUGAAAAAGGAUCAACCGUUGAUUUGGACGCAAGAGUGUGAUCAAGCGUUUUUGGAACUUAAGGUAACCCUCAUUUCGGCUCCGAUCCUUAUAAGACCGGAUCGUGAAAAGCCUUUUGUCCUCAUCACGGACUGCCAGCUAGAGGCAAUCUCAGCGAUCUUGGCCCAGGUGGCACCAGGCGGACUGGAAUGCGUGGUGGAAUACGCGUCUAAAUCGGUGCCUGCCUGCAAGCGCAAUUACGCCGCCCUGACAGGAGAAUGCUAUCCGGCUCUGUGGGGAAUCAGUCACUUUCGAGCCUAUUUGUACGGGCGGAAGUUCACGCUGGUCACCGAUCAUGAGCCAUUAUUAGCCCUGAAGAAAUCUAAGGAUUACUCGGGCAUGAUCGGGAGAUGGGCAACGGUGCUACAGAACAUGGACUUUGACAUUCGUCAUCGGAAGCACGAGAGGCACGGGAAUGCUGACGGGUUGACACGACUGCACCAACCUGAGAAGGUCCUCAAUGGCGAGGAGGUGAUUCUGUGGAACGAGCCGAAGGAGGAGAACGGACCCCGAUACAGACACGUGGAAAUUCUGUCGAGGGAGCAUUGGCGGGCGCGGCGCGAGAUCUUUGUCGAUUUGUCUGUGUGCUUGGCUCGAGUGGAGGUGACGUGGACAAGGACCGAUGAGCAUCAGGCGUGUAUUGAGUACCUGGAGCUACUGAUAAUCCAGCCUUGGAGAACUGAUGUGGAGGGCGAUCUUCUCGGUUUUCUUUUCGGAUCGGUGGGGCCAGGUCAUCGCCAGCUAAUUGUUCAGGAACUCGUCGUCCCGCUCGCGCAAUUGGUCGACGACCUCUCUCUCGAUAUUGUUUCGCAAAGUGACGAGAGCCCAGCUCCGCACGUCGUUAUGCGAACUUUGGCGCCGCAUCUUCAGUGGACUGCAUGCUUGGAGGAACCGAGGAGUGAAAGCACCCUGCCAUCGCGGCAGGAGUACUUGAAGCCAGCCGGAAUCAUCGAUCUCGCCUUCUAUGCGAAGCAAGAUUCAUCCGAGGAGGCAGGAGAAGAAGAAGCCAUCGAGGAAGAGGACGACACCGAAGAAGAGACGCCGGAGGAAGGGAGUUAUAGCGAGCACAGCGAAGGGGAGCAGAGUGAAGAAGAAGAAGAAGAAGAAGAAGAAGAAGAAGAAGAAGAAGAAGAAGAAGAAGAAGAAGAAGAUGAAGAAGAAGAUGAAGAAGAAGAAGAAGAAGAAGAAGAAGAAGAAGAAGAACACGAAGACGAAGAGGAGGAAGCUAGAUCGGAGUGGGAGGCCUUGCCGGAAGAAGCGGCACGCCCAGGCACGGAGGCGGAAGAUCCUGAGGCGGCACGUAGAAGGGAAGAGAUCGCCUCCGGGAACAGCCAGCUGGAGUUCGCCAGCAAGGCGAACCUGCGCAUCGACGACGACCCGACCAGAGAUCCAGAGCCCCCCGAGCCCAAAGAUGGCGGCCCAGCAACCGCGGCUCCGAGCGCAUCGCGACGGAGACGGAGCCGAUCCCCCUCCCCCUCCACCUCAGCCUGUCCCCCUGUUCGUCCACGUACCGAUGUGGGGGAUCGGCCUUCGUCCCCGGUCAUUAUCCCGCCAGCACACGGAGAUCUGAUGGACCAUGAUGGUGCCACCUGGACGAUCUCCGAAGUCUGAAGGGCAGGGGGUUACAUAUGAUAGGACUGCAGGAGAUGGGAUCCGAAACAGCACGAGCCGGCAUGCUUCACGAAGA